CCAGAGGGUACGGUCAUACUGCGCCUCUUGACUCAAUUAGUAUUUACAUUUUUUUCAAUUGGAACGCUGAUAAAAGGUGAAUUAAAUUGUUGCAUCGCAGGCGAAAACAGGACCAAAUGGACUCAGCACAGGAAGACGGGGACUGCACGGAUAUAUUUCUGGUCACGGCCAAUGUUGGCAGCCUGUUCGAGGAUCCGGAGAGACUUUUGCAGCUAUGGCUCCACGAAUUCCUCGCCAAGAUAUCCAUCGCUCAGCCCAAAUUCCUGGCACUUCAUCUCCAGGAAGUGGGCGGAAAGACCUACGAAAAGUCCAUGGAGUACGUCCAGGAGUUCAUCAAAUGCCUCUGCGAUGCCCCCGAAAUGGCCCAAUUCACCUGCGUACACAUCUUCAUGGACGAGGACUUCAAGUCGGCCGAGCACUUUACGGCCCUUGGAAGUCUUUACUUUGUCCACCAGGAUGUUGCCUCUUUGAAAAUAUGGAAUUUCUUAACCCACAGUUGGGAGGAAAGUCUCCAAGAUAUUAAAGAUAAACAUAUCUAUUCCGGAAAUAUUGAAACUAUUGCCACCAAGGAAAAGUCCAAAUUCCCGCAGCAUUUCUUUCCGGAAUGUAAAUGGUCCCGAAAAGGUUUUAUGCGAACACGGUGGGAAGUCAAUGGCACAGUCAUCGAUCUAGUCAACAUUCACUUAUUUCACGAUGCCUCCAAUUUGGCUGCCUGUGAGAAUUUUCCUUCUGUUUAUUGUAAGACGCGGAGAAGAGCCUUAGUUCAUACUAUUGAAAGGUUCCAUUUGGACGAGCAGAACGGUACUGUGCCAUUUUUCGUCUUUGGGGAUUUUAAUUUUAGAUGUGACACCGAAGGAGUUGUGAAAGAACUAACUGAGAACUUGACUCCUCAUCGCGUUCAAAAUGUGAAGAAUGAAAACGAUAAGAUCCAUUAUCGCAACUCAACAGGAAACAACGUACUUACUGUUGGAAAAAAAGAAUUUAGUCAUGCCGACCAUCAACUAAAAUUUAAAGAAGACUGGCUCAAGAAGUUUGACAGAGAGCUGGAGCCACUUAAAGACAUCCUAGUCGAGUAUCCCAUUAAGUUUGUGCCGUCAUAUCCGUUCGAAGAGGAUCCAGAAAUGCCCACCGACUAUAUGUCCACCCGCUGUCCGGCUUGGUGUGAUCGGAUUCUGAUGAGUCCCCAAGUCCACGAGAUUAUUCGGAGCGAUGAUUGGACUUACGGAAUGAUCGGUGAAGCUGUCUGCAUGGGCGACCACAAGCCUGUUUACUUAACUGUCCGUCUUAAACCAAACAAAGGUACUUAUAGAUCUUGUGAUUGCAACUACACGAAUACUUACGCCAACGCACCCAACAAAAUCUCAACAUCAUCACCUCUGCCCGCAGCCAAACUGAAAUAUUGUCCCUAUUCGAAUAAGCUCUUUGAGGAUAUAGCCACCAAUUCAAAGCUGAUCAAUGAGACGGAGGCUCGCAAUAUUUACAAUUCUCUGAAAAUUAGUCAAGAUGGGGAGGAGGAGGCUAGUAAAUCGUCCUCCUCGAACUUCCCGAACAUUAGUAUUAACAUAAUUGAUUCCGAUAAUAUCUGCAUGUGCUUGUGCGCACACCUUUCUAGUAAUAGUCUGCUCCAGUUGGACGAUACCAGCCGAACUGGCGAAGCCAUCUGUCCCAUGUGCCGAAACAUAAUCAAGAGACAGCCCGUGGCUCACCGGUAUAAGCUGCUGUCCAAGCGUUUGAUGCUAACACAGGAUAUAAUAAUCAAUCGCAUAGACACGCAGCACUUGAGCACGGACUCUGAGGGACGGCAGUACGAAGAUCCCUACACGCCGGAGAGCACUGAGUCCCAUUCGCCGUAUCCGGAGGUCACUAGCUCGUGCACCUCCACCUCCAGCAGUUCACGUAGUCCCCUAGAAGGCAGACUAGCGCUAGAUAGAAAAUCAGAGAGCAAAGCUGGUGAAUCGGACAUAUCGCCCUGUCCCGAGGUGGCUGAAAAACCACCUCCAAGGGGAGCCGUUCCACCUGGUCAGCUUAAAUCCCGGUUAGAGAACCUUAAGCGCUUGUCCAUCAAAGACGAGGAGGGCAACACAGUUGAUGAGCCGGCGGCGGCGGUGGUGGGUGAUGUUGAUCAAGUUGACUCUGCUCUAACUCCUCGCCCAAAACGCAGCUCUCGUGUUAUUCCUAUGUGUUGUACUAUCCACUAACCACUAAUUCCAGUUCGUUGUUACUUUGAUAUAUAUUUCGUUGUUAAGAAAAGUAUUUUUAAGCCAGCGAUUAGAUUACCGCUUGCUAUUUAUUAUUAUAAUAACACUUAUUUCACGCCUUAUAUAUAGUAAUAAAAGGAUUCUUUUCUAUCUGCAUGCUUUUAAUAGCGUGGACUUACCAAAAAAUUAACCGGCUAUGUUUAAGUCUUAAUUUCAUUAGUUUUUGAUUUGUUAUUUAUACAGCUAUCUUAAGUAUUUAAAAUCUCUUAUUGAAUCUUGAUCAAAAACUAUAAAAUUCGGAGUUAAAAGCCCUAAAAUUUAUAUUUAAGUUUUAGUUUGACUUGUACUGAAGAUAUUUUUGAAUUUACUUAGUGUAAAUUCAUAUUUUAAGGCUACUGAAAUCAUUGUAAAUGUGUCAGCUGAAGUAUUGCAAUUCUAAUUUAUAUUAUGUGCGCAUUUCAAGAGCCAUAUCGAAUAUAAUUCUAAUGUACUUUGUUCCUUUUUGCAAUAGCAGCUUUUAAGCCCGUAUAACAUUUUUCUUUGAAUCUAUGUUUUAAUUAUGUAUAUUGUUUACCAUGUGUUCGUCUUCUUUAAGAAAAUAAACUACGUUUUUUACCUCA